GAAGUUGAUCAGUCUGCUCAAGAAACUUCUCUGGAGGGGAAAGUAUUGGAAUCGGUUUCAAAGGGGAAAAGGUCCAGGUUUUGUACAAAGAAUUGCAUUGCACCGAGAGAGGACAUCAGUUCUGUCAAUUAAGGCAAACAUUGCAUCCCGAAGUGUAGUCUUUUCAUGAUAUUUGACUUGUUCUGUGAAUACUUUUUAUUUGUAAAUUCAAACAGUCUUUUUUUCAGUUUAUUUAAACUGGAGUGCUGAAAACACUAUACAUUUGGAUGCGGACAAUUUUUUUGCUUUAUAAAUCGGAUCAUUUAACCCACGGGCAUUGUCGGUCAAUUCGUUCCACAUUUGAGGUUUAACAAUCGCGAGACGAAUAUGUUUCUCAGCUUUUGUCUACUGGUGACAUUUGUCCUGGGGCUAUCUGGGUGCUUGGGCUCAUAUGUGCCCUGCGAGCCGUGCGACCAGAAGGCACUCUCUAUGUGCCCCCCAGUCCCCGUCGGUUGUCAACUCGUGAAGGAGCCGGGCUGCGGUUGCUGCCUAACCUGCGCCUUAUCGGAAGGUCAGGCGUGUGGCGUUUACACCGGAACAUGCACCCAUGGCUUGCGCUGCUUGCCGCGGAAUGGAGAAGAGAAGCCACUUCACGCGCUUCUCCAUGGCAGGGGAGUGUGCACAAACGAGAAAGGAUACAAACCCCUUCAUCCACCCAUAGAUCAUGAGUCUCGGGAACACGAGGACACCCUGACAACCGAAAUAAUGGAGGACCAACUGCACCCUGCUAAGGUGCCGCUCCUCCCCAAGCAGGACGUCAUCAACAGCAAGAAGAUCCAGGCCAUGCGCAAGGACAAGGACCGCAAGCGGGCGCAGGCCAAACUGCGCUCCAUUGGGCCCAUGGACUACUCCCCACUCCCCAUUGACAAGCAUGAGCCAGAGUUUGGUCCUUGCAGGAGGAAGUUGGAUGGGAUCAUCCAGGGAAUGAAGGACACAUCCCGUGUCAUGGCCCUGUCCUUGUACCUCCCCAACUGUGACAGAAAGGGCUUCUUCAAACGCAAACAGUGCAAACCCUCCCGCGGCAGGAAGCGGGGCAUCUGCUGGUGCGUGGACAAGUACGGCGUGCAGCUGCCCGGUACAGACUACAGCGGGGGAGACAUCCAAUGCAAGGACCUAGAGAGCAGCAGCAACAACGAGUGAAUAGGCUGCUCCAACCCCGUCCCGAUCACCUGACCCAGGGCCCUGCCUCCUCCUUUCCCUCCUGCCUGUCUGCUCCGCCCUCCAGUCACUUUUUGAGAUUUUCAAAACAAAAAAAAUAUAAACAUCAAAUGAACGAAAGGACAGGCUUGAAAAAAGGACACCUGAAAUCUCUUUUUUUUGUGUGACUGUGUGCUCAUCUCUUAGUAGACGGAACCCAGGAGGUUUUAAGCCCUUGUUUGACCCUCGGGCCCCUCCCCCACUAAGAGCUGGGAACCACACUAAUGAUUCAUGAAAAUAUAUACUUGUGUUGAUAUAUUUUUAUAGAAGCUGGGGUGUAAGCACCAAACUUUGUAUCAUGUAAAGCUAACAUAAAAGCGAUGAAAAAACGAAAAUAAGGCAUGCUGAUUAUAAACGGGACUGUUUUGAUCUUUCACAUCUAUUGCUAUUGAGGUGUCAGAGGAGACCUUCUAUUGGCAGAGGUAUUGUUUUUUUGUUUGGUUGCUUUCCAAAAAAGAAAAAAGAAGCAUGUGAUAGGGUCUUUCUGAGACAGUUGACUCUAUUUGGGUAUUUGGUUCUGUCACAGCACUUAUGAAUAGGGGAACCUGCUUGGAUAUGUGUAACUUCACUAAGUUUGUGUGGGCGAGCAUGUAUGUGUGUUUGAGUGUGUGUGUGAGAGAGAGAGAGAGAGAGAGAGGGAGUGAGCCUUUAACACAAGAAUGUCAUUUUUCUUUCUCUUUUCGUCUUGUCACAACAACAACAUAACAAGCAUUAUUGCUUGAAGUAGUCUUGAGGAUGGAUUUCUCCCACUAUUCUAUGAAACCUAUGUAUCUGGGAAAAUGGAGAGUGUUUGACAUAAUAAGCAGCUCAUUACAGACGAACCUAUGUAAGUGACUCUUUGACUCUGUAGCUAGCCUGAUAUGCCAACUGUGCCUAUUGUUAACAGACACUGCCAUGCAGGGUAACACAGAACUUAAUGGAGAACACUGCCCCUACUGGUGAAGGGAAUACUGCCUCAAAGUGCCCAUUCUCUCAUCUGAUCAGAGCUGUGCUCAGCAAGACUCCAUUGGUCCCAACUACCUGGACUUAAAGAAUAUUGAAUGUGGCUGAACAAUCAUGCAGUCCCCCAAUAACUAACAGCAGUAAUGCAUUUUAUUGCUAAAGUCUGGACAAAAAUUGGGAGAACGAGGGGAAAAAAGCAUGCUGUAGACUUGCAUUCACCAGUGAGGCUAGAUGUUUUGGGAGAACGAGGGGGGAAGAGCAUGCUGUAGACUUGCAUUCACCAGUGAGGCUAGAUGUUUUGGGAGAACGAGGGGGAAAAAGCAUGCUGUAGACUUGCAUUCACCAGUGAGGCUAGAUGUUUUGGGAGAACGAGGGGGAAAAAGCAUGCUGUAGACUUGCAUUCACCAGUGAGGCUAUAGAUGUUUACCCUUUGUGUCUCAGUUGCUCGAGGGUGUAGUCUUGUAUGGUUUUGUUUGUGCUGUUUUCUUUGCCUUCAGUGAAGUAACAACCGCCCACUUUUGAGCCAUGUUCCUUAACCAAGUGGUCCCCUAACAAUGCUACGGUGUAACCUCGGUGUAUUACUUUUACCUACAGAUUAAUGAAUGUUCUUUUUUUUUCAACAAACAACUACAAUGUACUGGUGCUUGGAAAAGGACGUGUGUAUUUUAGCCUGUAAACAAUUUGAAUAGUUCCAUGACAUCAUCCUUAUUUGAAUAUGAGACAGUCAAAAAAAAGCUAUACCCCAUCUAUAUCCUUCCCUCUUUGCUUGCAUGCUGCACCCCAAAAUUGUUCCCUCUUUCUCGACAACUUGUUUUUCAGCACAACACAACAUUACUUGCAUCGGAAAUGGUGAGCAGUUUUCCUUCCGCUGAAGGGAGGCAUCGUUGAACACUACCUACAGGGUCAGUUGAAAGAGUAGUUUAUGUCCGUCUGUGUGCAAGUCGCAGUGCCUUCGUACAUGCAAAUCCACAUUUGAAUAGUGAUGCAAAUGCAACGUGGUAGCUGUCUUAAGUUACAGAGACCCUGCUCAUGCUGAGAGGCCCCAGAGUAGUUGUUCUUGGUGUAGUCCAGACAAAGGGUAACUCUAUAGGAUGUGACAUAGCCCUUGUAAUCGUGUCACAGUCACAUUAUGAAUCUGUUGCUAAUCCCUCUCUGUGGGCAAGGUGGACCAGAAUACCCCUUCUGUCUCAUAUUUUCAAACACACUGAUAAGCUAGAACAUUGCUUUCAAAGUUGACUGCCAAUGUAUUCGAUUGCCAGAAAAUAUAAGCCAAGUGAUAUUACAAUUCCGAGUUAGCACUAGCAAACUGCUGCUGCUUCUCUCCCAGUAGUCAGAGAAGAGAUGUACAAGGCAUUACUAGCCAUCAGAUCCUAUUCCACAGCGUAAGUGGUCAUAGUUACUCUAGCCACGGAGUGGGAGGCAGGGGGAAAGACCAUCAGCAGACAAAAAAUGAAAGAGCUUUUACUCCAGCCUCAGUUGAGUCUGUGAACCAACCAUUACGUAAUAUUAUCCGUUUGGACAUACAGAUGCGAUGGAUAGGAUACUCUUGAUUUGUAUGGCUCAUAAUGGCAACGAGAUGCUGUAACACUAACAAUGGGGUCAAAACGUUCAGGCCUAUAGCUUUAUACCCUCAUUUACUAUGAGACAGAAUUAGUGGGGGAAAAGUCACUAUACCCUGCUACCCUUCACAUCCUUCUUAUAUGGAGGUGAACUAUACAGCCCCUGUGGCAAAUCUCAAAUCACUAGGUCCUCCUAUACCCAAUGCAGCUUGGCACCCUUCCCCACCUCCACCCCAGUCCACUUUGAAAGAAAGCAGCUUGCACUUACUGUAUAGAAGUUAAAACAACUACAAUAUUAAUACCGACAGACAAUGUCCUGUAAUAGUGUUGCUUGUGUAUAAAAACAAACAAGCUAAACAUUUACUGUGAUUCAGAAUCAGGCCUCUGCAAGGCCUUCUGGGUAAUCGUUGACAGGGGCUUAUGUGGCCCAUGCCUGGGACCUCCAUCACCAACGUCCAAUAAGGAAAAGGAGAUCAUAACACACAGUACCAUACAUUAGCAACCACACAACUGUCCCGCUUUGAUCUAACUGUUCUCAUGGACUCUAGCACACAGAGAGUGAGAGAGAAAGAAUGACAGAGUGAGAGAGCGAAAGUAAGAGACAGAGCACCAUGGACAGGGGUCAUGUUCAGGGCCUAGCCACACACCACCCCAUCACGGAGGGGUCACCAAUCGCAUGACAGUAGAUACAGUUAGGAACAGACACAAGGAGACCUGGGAAUCUGAGGAACAGGAAUGCAGCUAGCGACUGAGAUUUAGAUGUUGACUCCCUCUCCAGCUUCAAUGUUCACCUUCCAUUUUAAGAGCAGUCCAUCAGAAGCCUAUUGAACUUGGCCAUCCAUAAUGAUGCAGUCUAACUGGGCAUUUUCAAAAUUAAGAUUUGCCAAGGCUAUCUUGGUUCAAAGAAAAUGUGGAUAAGGGCAUUGAAUAAUUUGAGGUCUAAUCAACAAAUUGACACAAUUCAACCAAGCUGCAAAUUGUGCAAAUUCUCAAUACAUUUUCUCAGUGGUAUGGCGUUAGAUUGAGGUGUUGGAGAGGUUGAGUUUUAAAGCGUCUUCAGAUUCCUAGUCUUCAACCUGGUUAUAGACUCAUACAGUUCAUACUACAAUAGUAACUACAGCUUUUUUUUUCUGAAUGCAUAACGUUUUUAGUGAUGAAACGAGACAAAAUCAAUUGGUUAUCUUAAUAACAUGUGGUGUUAACUGGCUUGUGAAAAAAGACCCAUUGGUGCCCGGAGGAUUGUUACAAGAAAUGGUCAGCAUUUGGAACUCUUCAUGAAACAAAUAUCAAAAAAGACAAAAAAUCUCAAAUUAUUAAAGUGAAUAUCACUGUGUAAUAUUUAUUCAACAUGUAAUUUAUGUACUCUUUUAACCUUUGUCUUUUUUGUUAUUAUAAAGCAUUUAUUUAAAUAAAGUUAUGUAUUCAUUUAAAGA